ACUUUUUAGCUCGAUUCUUCUUUAUGUUUUGACCCAACCCCAGGAACCGUACGUUUCGAAAGAGAUGGUCCUGAAAAAGUUCUGAUUUUUUUUUCUUUUCCCUAUCUUUAUGUUGUCCGGAUUCUUUCCGCGCGAGGCAUCGAAAUGGGUUCUUGCUGUUCGACGCCAGGAGGGCAGGGCAGGAGCGUGGUGGGGGUUGCGGCGGAGGGAGACCCCGCGUUGGUAGCAGCGAAUGGGAUGGACUCGGGCUCGGGCUCGGGCUCUGGGAGGUGGAAGAGGAUUGGGAGUUUUAGCAAGAGGAGGUCCGCGAACAAUGACCAGCUGCUGAAUCAGAGUCAGAUUCAUGUUGCUGGGAAGAUGUGCGUGAAUGGGGCUAGUGACGUGGCUUGCUUGUACACGCAACAGGGCAAGAAAGGUACCAAUCAAGACGCCAUGGUUGUUUGGAAGAAUUACAGUUCAAGAAGUGAUACAGUAUUCUGUGGAGUAUUUGAUGGUCAUGGUCCUUUUGGUCAUAUGGUUGCCAAGAAAGUUCGAGAUUCUCUCCCCCUUAUUCUCUGUACUCAGUGGACUGCCUCUUCAAGUGUUGAUGAGAGCAACCUUGCCAACAAUGAAAAUGUUGCUGGUGGCACGACCAAUGAAGAAGGUGGUAUAGUUGCCUCAGAGGAUCAGUGGUCUGAGUCCUGGGCAAUCGAAGAAAAGGAGAGACUUCCUGAGGCACUUCUUCCACUUAGACAGUCGAUGUUAAAAUCGUUUAACUUAAUGGACAAGGAAUUGAAGUUGCACCCAACCAUCGACUGUUUCUGCAGUGGAACAACAGCUGUUACCUUGAUAAAGCAGGGUCAGCAUCUUGUAAUAGGAAAUGUCGGUGACUCUAGAGCAGUACUAGCAACAAGAGACAAAGAUAAUUCAUUGGUUCCUGUCCAACUCACUGUGGACUUGAAGCCAGAUCUUCCAAGGGAGGCAGCAAGAAUACAAAAGUGCAAAGGCAGGGUUUUUGCCUUGCAAGAUGAGCCAGAGGUUGCACGUGUUUGGUUGCCGAAUAAUGACUCACCUGGUUUAGCCAUGGCUAGAGCUUUUGGGGACUUCUGUCUCAAGGACUUUGGAUUGAUAUCAGUUCCAGAUAUCUACUACCGCCACCUUAGUGAAGGAGAUGAAUUCAUCAUUAUGGCCACAGAUGGGGUUUGGGAUGUUCUAUCGAAUAAGGAAGCCAUUGACAUAGUGUCGUCGGCGCCCUCACCUACAACAGCUGCUAGAGCCCUUGUUGAUUGUGCAGUUCGUGCCUGGAGGCUUAAGUACCCUAAUUCGAAGACCGAUGAUUGUGCAGCUGUAUGCCUCUUUCUGGACCACUUGUCCUCAAGGGAAGAUUUGCCCAUGGGUCACACGGUGAAAAAUCCAGAGACACCAGUCGUGACAGUAGCAGUAACCGUGGAUAAAUCAGAAGCCUUAGAUCUUGAUGGUGCUUGUCGUGUUCUUGAAUUCGAGCGUGCAAGUGCUCGAGCCACUGAUGAGAUCGUCCCAGUCCCAGUCCCAGAAAUUUCGGAGGAGAAACUUUCUGGAAAGCUCCAAACACAAUCCAAGAGGAGCCUCGCAGAGUGCAUUUCCACGGCCGAGGACGAAGAGUGGUCUGCCUUGGAAGGUGUUACCCGGGUCAAUAGUCUGCUUAGCCUUCCCAGGUUCUUAUCAGGAGAUGGAAGAUCGGCCAGUUGGAGAAAAUGGUUGCCGGACUUUUAAUAUAGUCUAGGCCUUAAACAACAGACGGGACAGAUUUUUACGUGAUACUACUAUAUUCGGCAUAACUCUACGAGCCAGGUUAUUAGGUUAUUGGCAUGAUGGAAGGUGCGUAGGAUUAGCAGAUCGACGAAUAUGGAAGUUUCUAAGUGGGCUUGUUCCUAUAAAAGAUGUGGCCGGCAACUGUAUUAUAUUUUUGGGGGCAUAGCUAAAGAACGAUAAAUCGUUUGUUAUCGCUUAAUCGCACUUCAAUUGUUGAUGCUUUGUCAAUCUUUCUUUCUUUUGCAGACAUUUCGCUUGUAGACAGUUGUUCAUAUAGAAAAUUUCCAUUUCGUUUU